CUGGAGCGGGAGUUGCUUUCUGUUUGGUGCUAACUUGUAGAAGGAAAGAAGUACCCUUAACAGGCGCGGGGCUGCAGCCUACCGAAAAUGCGUGGGCUGCCGCUGGGACCAACCUGAUGUCUGUGAGUGGCCGAACUUCUGGAGGAAUUGAAACCACCCUUCUCUUGACCACGGAGACCAUGUCUUCUCAACUACGUCACAUAUGUUCUCUUCAUUUACUGAAGAUGAGUGGCAAGCAUAAAGCCAGGUGUAUAAGACUAGAGGAAAGAAGGAACACCACUCUCUUCUGGCCAAACAGGUUUAUGCAGUGUCUGGAACGAUGGAAUCUAUGCUAACUUUAGCAACAGAUGAACCUGUUAGGAAGAACACUGUCAAAAAAUAUAAAAUAAUUUGUAUUGUUCUUCUUGUUUUACUGGUGAUUAUGUCACUUGGAUUAGGCCUGGGGUUCGGACUCAGGAAACAAGAAACUGAAGAGAGCUGCAGGAGAAAAUGCUUUGAUUCGUCAUUUAGAGGAAAGUGGGGCUGCAGGUGUGAUGAGGGGUGUAGAGACCGAAACGAUUGCUGCUGGGACUUUACAAGCGUCUGUGUGGAAUCAACUCAAAUAUGGUCAUGCAGUUCAUUUCGUUGUGGGGAAGGCAGACAGGUGACCAGCCUUUGCUCCUGUGCAGAGGACUGUAUGCAGAAGCAAGAUUGCUGUGCUAACUACAAGAGUAUUUGCCAAGGAACAACCCCUUGGGUGAAAGAAAACUGCACCACAGCUGAGCAGACUCAGUGUCCAGAAGGGUUUGACCUGCCACCUGUUAUCUUGUUUUCCAUGGAUGGCUUCAGAGCUGAAUAUUUAGACACAUGGAGUAUUUUAAUGCCAAAUAUCAAUAAACUGAAAACAUGUGGAAUUCAUUCAAAAUACAUGAGAGCUGUAUAUCCUACCAAAACCUUCCCAAAUCAUUACAGCAUUGUCACGGGCUUGUAUCCUGAAUCACAUGGUAAUGACAAUAAUAUGUAUGAUGUACAGCUCAACAAGAAUUCACUUUCUUCAGAGGAGAAAAAUAACCCAGCCUGGUGGAAGGGGCAACCAAUAUGGCUGACAGCAAUGUACCAAGGUUUGAAAGCCGCUACCUACUUCUGGCCAGGAUCAGAUGUGGCUAUUAAUGGUUCCUUUCCUACCAUAUAUAAGAAUUACGACGGUAAGAUCUCAUAUGAAGAGAGAGUUUCUACAUUGUUAAAAUGGCUGGACCUGCCCAAAGCUGAAAGACCCAGUUUUUAUACCAUAUAUGUGGAAGAGCCUGAUUCUGCAGGACAUGAUGAGGGCCCGUCAGUGGCAGAGUAAUUAAUUAAAGCCUUACAGUUAGUGGAUAGUACCUUUGGACUGUUGAUGGAGGGCCUAAAACAGCGGAAUUUACACAAUUGUGUCAAUAUAAUCCUUUUGGCUGACCAUGGAAUGGACCAGACUUCUUGUGAUAAGGUGGAAUAUAUGACUGAUUAUUUUCCUCAAAUAAACUUCUACAUGUAUGAAGGGCCAGCUCCUCGCAUCAGGACUAGAAAUAUACCCGAGGACUUCUUUAGUUUUAAUUCUGAAGAAAUUGCUGAGAAACUCAGUUGCCGAAAACCCGAUCAGCAUUUUAAACCCUAUUUGACUCCCGAUUUGCCCAAACGACUACACUAUGCCAAAAAUAUCAGAAUUGACAAAGUUCAUCUUAUGAUGGAUGCACAGUGGCUGGCUGUGAGGGGUAAAGAAACUUCAUUCUGUGGAGGAGGCAACCAUGGUUAUAACAAUGAGUUUAAGAGCAUGCAGGCUCUCUUUUUGGCACAUGGACCCAGUUUUAAAGAGCAGACUGAAGUUGAACCAUUUGAAAAUAUUGAAGUGUAUAAUCUACUGUGUGAUCUCCUACGCAUUCAACCAGCACCAAACAAUGGUACCCAUGGUAGUCUAAACCAUCUUCUGAAGGUGCCUUUUUAUGAACCAUCACAUGCAGAGGAAGUGUCAAUGUUGUCAGUUUGUGGCUUUACUACUCUGUUGCCUACAGGAUCUCUAAACUGUUCAUGUCCUGGGCUAUCUUAUACACAGAAUGUUCUCCAUCUGGAACAAGUGAAUCAAAGGCUAAAUCUCACUGAAGAAGAAAGUAAGUCAGUAGAGUCUAUUAAAUUUGCAUUUGGGAGGCCCAGGGUUAUGCAGAAGAACAAGGACCACUGUCUCCUUUACCACAGGGAAUACGUCAGUGGAUUUGCAAAAGCUAUGAAGAUGCCUAUGUGGAGUUCAUACACAGUCCCCAAGCCAGGAAACACAUCGCCUCCUCCUCCCACUGUCCCAGACUGUCUGCGGGUUGAUGUCAGGGUUAUUUCUUUUGAGAGCCAAAAUUGUUCCCUCUCUUUUCCAGACCAGAAUAUCACCUACGGCUUCCUCUAUCCUCCUGCAAACAGUAGAACUUCUGAUAGUCGACAGGAUGCUUUAAUUACAAGUAAUGUGGUCCCUAUGUAUGAAGAAUUCAAAAAAAUGUGGGACUAUUUCCACAGGGUUCUUCUUAUAGAAUAUGCCACUAAAAGAAAUGGAGUAAAUGUGAUUAGUGGACCAAUAUUUGAUUAUAAUUAUGAUGGCCAUUUUGAUACUCCAGAUGAAAUUACAGAACAUGUGGCCAACUCCAGCGUCCCCAUACCAACACACUUUUUUGUGGUGCUGACAAGUUGUAAAAACCAGAACUUUGUACCAGAUAACUGUCCUCAGUGGCUGGAUGUCCUACCUUUUGUCAUCCCCCACCGACCUACCAAUGUGGAAAGCUGUCCUGAAUAUACGACAGAUGAUGUUUGGAUUAAAGAAAGAUUUAAAGCACACAUUGCCCGGAUCCGUGACAUAGAACUUCUUACUGGUCUUGACUUUUACCAGGAAAGAGCGCAGCCUGUCUCUGAAAUUUUGCAACUAAAGACAUAUUUACCCCCAUCUGAAACUGUUAUUUAACUAAUGUAUGAAACAAUUUUGGCAAACUGUAGAUGGUAUUUUCUGUUGGAAAAUCAUAAAAUAAAGUUUUAUAUUUUUCCUUAAUGCCCAUAAAGUCAUGUUGCUUAAUUUGUAUUAUUCUUUUUUCUCUUUUACAUUUUUGUGACUAUGCAUUAUUUAAAAUUUGCAUUUUUCAUAGAGUUUUUCCCAUAUUCUAUCUUUUCUAUUGUAUGUAUUAUCCCAUUCAUAAUCUUGGGCUAUAUUUUUCUGCCCAGUAUUAUCUAAACAAAAAGAAUAACAAGAGGAGUAGGUCUUGCUUGG